GCGCUGGGGCCCUCGGGGCAGCUGACAGCGACCCCCGCGGAGGUGUUCCAGGCCCUGCGGGAGCUGGGGCACCAGAACUUCCGCGCCGGGCAGGAGCGCGCGGUCAUGCGGGUCUUGUCUGGCCUGUCCACGCUGCUCGUGCUGCCCACGGGUGCCGGCAAGUCCCUGUGCUACCAGCUCCCGGCCCUGCUCUACGCCCGGCGCAGCCCCUGCUUUGCACUGGUCAUCUCUCCCCUCCUGUCCCUCAUGGACGACCAGGUGUCUGGGCUUCCCCGGGGCCUUGAGGCAGCGUGCGUCCACUCGGGCAUGACCAGGCAGCAGCGUGACGCCGUCUGGAGGAAGGUCCAGGCAGCCCAGGUGCAGGUGCUGAUGCUGUCGCCUGAGGCGCUCGUGGGGCCUGGAGGCUCCGGCCGCCCCGCCCUGCUGCCCCCAGUCUCCUUCGCCUGCCUGGACGAGGCCCACUGCCUCUCCCAGUGGGCCCACAACUUCCGGCCCUGCUACCUGCGCGUCUGCAAGGUGCUGCGGGAACGCUGGGGCGUGCGCUGCUUCCUGGGCCUGACCGCCACCGCCACGCGCCACACGGCCAGGGACGUGGCCCGGCACCUGGGGGCGACCGAAGAGCUGGGGCGCGAGCUGCUGGCCGCCAUCCCCAGCAACCUGCACCUCUCCGUGUCCACGGACAGAGACCCCAGCCAGGCCCUGGUGACGCUGCUGCAGAGUGACCGCUUCCGAGCUCUGGACGCCAUCAUCGUCUACUGCACCCGCCGCGAGGACACGGAGCGGGUGGCCGCCCUGCUGCUCCAGUCCCGGGAGCCGCGGGCCCGCUGA